GCACAGGCCGCCUUCCCCAGCGGAACGGCGCAGCGAGCGUUUCCCUUGGGAAAACGUGCCUGGGUUUGAUAAGGAGCUCCGUAGCUCCCGCGACGUGUUUAUGGGUGGUGUUUAUGCCAGCUGGGGUUAGAGAAACUCAGUGGGGACGUGGCCAGGAAGGGCGAUUUCGCCCAUGAGAACCAUAAGGAGUGGGAAGCGACCUUGAAGAUCGUCUAGCUCCAACCCCUUGCCGUGGGCAGGAACACCCCCCACGAGGUCAGGUUGCCCAGAGCCCCGUCCAACCUUGGCCUUGUGCGCUGCCAGGGAUGGGGCAUCCACAACCUCCCUGUUCCGGUGCCUCACUACCCGCACAGCAAAGAAAUUUUCCCUGAUAGCUAACCUAAAUGUGCUCUUACACUCCAUGUACCCUGGCUGCAGGGUGCUGCUCUCUUGUGGGCCUCUACAGGAAAAGGAGACUAGUUUUUUUAAGUUUCUGCUUUCAUGGUGCUGCCAGAAACACAGGUACUGCCUGUGAUAAUGUCUGAUAGCUAUCUGUCUGAUAGCUGUUCUGAUGGAGAAGAAAACAACCAAGGCCGUGUGAGGCAUGGCAUGCGUAGGUGAUAGGGAUGAUUUUCUUAGCAUCAUUGUUUCAAUUGGCACUGCAGCCUGUCUUAAUAAAGUUUAGGCCAGUCUCACACCUUACAGCCACUAAAAGGAGUGCUUAUCAUAAUGUAGCAGUAAUAUUUUUCUCUUAUAUUAGGGCUUGUUGGCGCAGGUCAUCUACAGGUAAAAUGAAGUCAGUGUUUUCAAACUGCUAUAGUUAAACGUGUGAAAUUCAUUCAGCAAAGGUCCUCAGCAGGAGUGUCAAUUCCAGUAUAAUUGUAAAAGUACAAACCACCUGCAAGUUUUCAAAAGUAUUGAUUGGAUUAUUCAAAACAGAAGGGUUUGGGGGUUUUUUAGCUUAAUUUCAGACAUCACAACUGAUUUUUUUUAACUACUUGAGGCAGAGCAUACACAAUAAUUUCUGUUAGGAAUGUCAUUGUGUAAUAAUGGGGUGGGGAAGAAUAACUCGUCAUGACAAAGGGGUUUGCUGGAUUGGAAGACAUUUCAUUUCUGUGCCUUCUUUCUGAGCUUUCUGCUUGUCUCAUGCAUAUUCCACAUGAGGAAAAAAUGACCUUUAAAUAAGGCUAUCUGUAAGCCUCCCUCCUAUGAAUUCGUUCAGAAGUGAAGGUCUGGCAUCCCUUUAAAGCAACUUUUUCUUCUAUUACUAAUACUCAUAAUGAUACCUGAUCAUAAUUUUAAAGAGGAUUAAAAGGAUUCUUAGGUAGAUAUGUGUUCAAUCUUAUUUGAGAUCCCUCUGAUUAAUUUGAAAGUCCUUGUUAGUCAGGACUGACCCAAAUGUGUUUGUAAGGCAACUGGCAGAGCUGACAAAACUAACAUAUUGGUUUUAAUAAUCCAGGAUUAGGAGAUCUUAUUUCGUAUCCAAGUGUCAUUUUAGCUUCUUCUUUCUUCAGUUCUUUUCCCAGACAGGACUUAAAAGCAUUGGUGAAUGAUAAAUAAUGCAACAGUACCAGGAACUUGUUAAGUUACACUAUUAAUUUGCUAUCUUUUUUUCCUAAAAUGAAAACAUUAGUGUUAGGGGUAUAAUUUGUGAAGUUACUGGAAAAAAGUAAUAAACUUGCUAAGUGGCUAAACUUGUUAAACAGUUAAGCUUGACAAUCAUUUCCAGGCACAUGAACAGUAAGGAAAGCAUCAGGAGUAGUCAGUAUGGAUUCAUCGUGACAUCUUGACCAACCUGAUAAACUUGUGUGAUGAAAUGGUCCGGCAAAGCCAGGGGGAGAGCAGUCAUUAUUGUUUGCCUAGGCCUCAGUAAGGCUUUUGACUCCAGUAAUACCUUCCUAGAGAAGCAGUUGAUGCAUGGGGUGGAUGUGCAGGCAGUGCAGUGAAUGGCUUGUCCCAGAGCGUGGUGAUACAUGGCACAAAGUCUAGUGAAGGGCCAGUAAUUAGAGGUGUGUCCUAAGGGUCAGUCCUGGGCCUGAGCCUUUCCAGCAUCUUGGUUAGUGACCUGUGCAAUGGGGCACAGUGUCCCACCAGCAAGGUGACACCUUGGAACUGAAUAACCAGUAACCAAGUAACACCAAGUAACUGAGGAACCAGAGGGUUGUGCUGCUGGGUGGAUGAACUGCAGAAAUGUGCUGAGAAAAAACCUCAUGAAGUUGAAGAAGGGGAAGUGCAAAGUCCUGCACCUGGGGAGGAACAAUCACAGGCCCUGGUACAUGGUGGGAAACACCCAGCUGGAGAUGAGUUUUCAGAAAAGGCCCUGGGAGUUUCCUGGACACUGAGUUGGAUGUAAACCAGCACUGUGUCCUUGAAGCAAGGAAAACUGAGUGCCCUGGGCUGCAUUAGGACAAGUGUUGCCAGCAGACUGAGGAAGGUGAUCCUACCCCUCCAUUCAGCACAAGUGAGGCUGCUGCUGGAGCACCGUGCCCAGCUCUGGGCUCUCCAGUGCAGGAGGAAGUUGAUGCUGCUGGAAAGAGUCCAAUGAAGGGCUAAAAAGAUGAAAACGUGAAGGCAGUGUGAAAAGAAGACCAGAACCAGGCUUAAUCCAGUUGUGCCCAGCGACAGGUCUAGAGGCAGUGGGCACAAGCUGAAACAUGGGAUGUUCUUUGUGAACAUCAGGAAGCCUUUUUUACUCUGAGGGUGAUGGGGCACUGGCAGAGGUUACCCGGAGAGCUGCUGCAGUCUCCAUCCUUGGACAUCUUCCAAAGCCAUCUGGACACAAUCCUGGGCAAUGGGCCCUAGGUGGCCCUGCUUGAUCAGAGAUGUUAAACCAGAUGACCUCCAUAGGUCCACCCUCAGCCACACUGUAUGGUACUGUGUGAAACAGGGCUCUUCAGCAUUUUCUUCAGAAUACUGUUGCACACAAAGGCUGUGUCAGUUAUACUACAAAGAAGGGAACAAACUGUUCUGUAACUAGUGUGGAGGGAACAAAAAUGCUUGAACUUUAGCAAGGCAGCUUUGUGCUGGACCUUAGGAAACAUUUCCUAGCAGUACCUAAUUUAAUUGUCUAGAACAUUUUAGAAAAAAAUACAUCCUGCAGGAAUAUUUUAGGUACAACUGAUCCUGUCUGUGAUCAGUUGUUUCUUUGGGGCCUGCUUUCUGUGGUUGUGUCAGUUAUGCUUUCCCAUUGUAACGUUUGCUGAUAUUGACUAUAGAACAAAAGUAAUUUUUUUUCCUCUCCAAUGCUCUAGAAUGAUGUUUUAAUUUUAAUUGUGAUACAUUUUCCUGUUUAAAAAAGUUAGUUUCUGAAAUUGGGAUUGUUACGUGGUGAAUCGACAUCCUGACUGAAGAUUCUGAACCAGGUCAGGAGUGAACGAAACCACAAAUACCUAUAUUUAUUAAAGAGAAAAGCUGCUGACAAGCUCCUACCAUACAAUCAUCCCUCAGCAUGUCGAAGGCGUGUAUCGAAGCAUAUUUCAAAGUUUGCCACAGAGCAGACUGGAAAGGAUUCUGCAUAGCCUUAGGGGCAUAGGUCUGUUAGAAGAAACGUGAGACAGCUGCUCAACUGGAAUAUAAACUCCUGCUUAGAGCCCUGAUUAGGGGAGUUUUAGUCUGAUUAGGGCAGUUGCUGUGAUUCAGUUGCUGCUGAAACACAAGAUAAAGUGGCAAAACCCAAGAUAAAAUGGCAAAACACAGGGAGAAUAUUGUUGCGCUUCUGUCCCUGUCUCCUGUUGCCGUUAACGGGCAUGUGUAAUUUUGAGCAUCAAUAUUCUGCACUCCGUUAGAGAACAGCAUGACUGUAGUCAGCAUAGAGGAUCUUUAGGACUAAAGAUGACCUAUGGACAUUACUGGGGGGGAUGAUCUCAUGUACCUAGACAGAAGCAGACCUAAAUCCUCUGUAUAACCUGUUACUUGUGACCAAGGCCAUCCACAGAGGUAUAUGGGCCAUGAUAAAUAAAAAUCUGUUACAAUGAAGGGCCCAUGUGCACCUUACUGUUACAUAUACAGAGUUCAAGAUGUAGGUUGUGGUAGAUGAAAAUAUUUUCUGUGCUUUUUGUCAGAAGGGGAAGAUGCAAGUUUUCCCAUCUGUGUUGUACAUAGCAGUCUCUGACUGACAUUUUCUGCAGAUUUUUCUGGUUAGUUCUAUUAGACAUUUGGAAAAAAAAAAUAAGUUAUAUGUACUUUUACUGUGCUUCAGUUUUCAAACAUGUCCUUGUAAAACACUAACGUCAGAUGCUUGAAUGUAUUUUUCUGAAUAGAACAGCAAGAUCAGAGUCAAGGAACCUUUUGUACUGUCUUCAUGAGUCAUAGUCAUAUAUACAGUUAAUAACUUGUGAAUAAUCUGAGCAUGAAUCACAUUCGUAGCAUAUAUUGAUGAACCAUUAUCUAUGUUUUUAUAUUUUCAAUGUUUCUUAAACAAGGCUUAAACAUGCAAGGCUUAAAUAAUCAUACUCUUCAUCAGUUUUGAUCCUUAAUUUUGAACCUGCUGGCUGGUUUGGUCAAACUUAACAGAAAUGUUGAUAAAUUAUUGUAGAUUUCAUGAUAACAGGUUGGAUGGAUAGAGCAGAAGGACUCUGAUGGAGGAUAAUGUUACAGUUAAACUUAUGCCUCACUAGGCAGAGAAUCUACAUGGGAAAGAAAGCUUUGCAUAAAUGCUUCAGUGGUAAAUAUCCUUCAGCCUUUGGUGCAUAUGCCUUCUGGGGUAGUAAAGCCACAAACACAUUGAGUCAGUAGAAAAUUGGUCUCGCUUUGUUCUUAUUUCAGUGAGAUUACUUUCUGUUUGCUGAUUUGAUUUGCUGGUGUUGUGUGGUCUUUACCUAGUAUUCCACAACACUAGUAGCCCUCAAAGCACCCUCAGGCUACUUGUAUGUGUAAUAUUAACAGUAUUCGUCUCUGCAGGCUUGAUCUUCAGAAUUAGUUUGCCUCAAUUCAGAUACUUAAAUUUGAAUUUACUGCUUUACUUCAUUUGAAAGACUUUAUAAUAAGCAUUGAGUUAUUCGUGUGCUAAUUAACAUCCCCUCAGUAAAUGCAGAAGAUGGAUUAUUUUUGUCUUGUUUUUCAGUUCACACAAAAAUGUGAACCAGCUCCUGGAGAGACUAAAGAAUGACGCUAUGUUUUGAUGGUUUAGCUGUCUGAGAAUAAUCCAAUGUAAGUGUUGAAAAUAAUCUAGCUGAAUUGCUGAGGAUUUUCCUCUGAGAGAAGAUAAACUUGAAAAAUAGACCCAAUUAUGAUACAUGCUCCUACCAGCACCCAUGCUGGUUCAAGAACAGCAUUUUAAAAGGUGUUCUUGAAUAAAUUCUUGAAUAAAUUAUUCCCAAGUCAUAGCUUGCAGGAUGAGUUUAGAAGUGCAGACUGUGUGCAAUUCAUUCAGAUCCUUGCAGAGCUUGGAGGCUGGUGUUGAUCAGUGUAAUUUCAUUGAGAUUUAAUUGUCUUACUCUGUUUCUAGGGAUCUUCUUGUGGAAGUAAUCAUCAGAACCUAGUCAAAAGACUACAGCUCAGAUCUGAAAAGUGACACUGAUGAGCCUGGGGGUGACACGCCAGUGUUGGGGGUGAAAUAAUAUCCCAGCUGAAGUGCAUCUGCACCAGUGCACACAGCAUGAGUAACAGACAGGAGGAGCUGGAAGCUGUGACAUAGAUGUCAUCAUGGAAACAUGCCCUUGUUCUUGUGGGAGACUUUAACCUGCCAGACGUCUGCUGGAAACUCAGCACAGUGGACCAGAGGCAGUCGAGUGAGUUCAUGGAGCAUGUGGAAGAUAACUUCCUGACACAGCUGAUACUCUGUCUUCUUACUCCUGUUACACCCAGUACUGAGUGCUAACUGCUGGCUUUGCUGCAUGUAGGACGCAUUAGCACACACUUCCUAGUGCUGAAAGAAGAUUCAUGAUUUCAGGAUGUCAGUUUGCUGCUCUCUGGACUUUUUAAUAUUAUUUCAGGUUUUCGAGUUUUUCAGAAUUAAACCAAACAUUCCAGUGAAUUGAAGAUCUUCUUCCUGUCUUUCUUCAGAGUGAAUAUCAGUGGUGAAAGAAAAAACAUCUGUUAAGCCUGUUGUCAGACAUCAGAAAAAUGCUUUUCUUCACACAUAGAUUCACAAAUGUGAGAGGUGGAAGAAUUUUAACAGAAGAAUAAAGUGUGAUGUUUCAUAAAGGCUAUUAAUUCAGUUUUGAAGCAGGACGUGAGCAAGAUGAGUAUGGGGAAAAAGGCACGGUCAGAGGAAAUGCACCUGGGAGGUGAAGAUUGGAAUCAAAGUAGCAGCUUUGUCAGUAAACCCUCUCGAGGAUGGCUGCACUCGAAUGAGAAGAUCCUGGGACCUGGUGUGACGUACAUUGUGAAGUACUUGGGCUGUAUAGAAGUCUUACGCUCAAUGAGAUCUCUUGACUUCAAUACUAGAACACAGGUUGCAAGGGAAGCAAUCAGUCGUGUUUGUGAAGCCGUGCCUGGUGCCAAAGGAGCCUUCAAGAAACGAAAGCCACCAAGCAAAGUCCUUUCUAGCAUCUUGGGAAAGAGCAAUCUUCAGUUUGCAGGAACGAGCAUAAUGUUGAAUAUCUCCACCACCAGCUUAAAUCUAAUGAAUCCUGAUACGAAACAGAUCAUAGCAAAUCACCACAUGCAAUCUAUUUCCUUUGCGUCUGGAGGUGACCCGGAUACAACUGACUAUAUUGCAUAUGUAGCUAAGGAUCCUGUUAAUCGGAGAGCUUGUCAUAUACUGGAAUGCUGUGAUGGCCUGGCCCAGGAUGUCAUCAGCACCAUAGGGCAAGCAUUCGAGCUUCGAUUUAAGCAGUAUUUGCGAUGUCCCUCUAAGAUACCUACUUUCCAGGAUAGGACACAGAGUUUUGAGGACCCGUGGACGGAGGAAGAAAACGAGGCAACAGAGCAUCCCUAUUACAACAACAUCCCAAAUAAAAUACCUCCCCCUGGCGGCUUCCUUGAUGCCAGGCUCAAAACAAGACUUCCCACUGCUGCAGACACAGCCCAGUCUGCAACAGGAGUGGGAAGAGAGCAAAUUUAUUAUCAGAGCCAUCACUCAGGAGGCAAAGUCAGUGAAGAAUGGCAUCAUGGGCCUGUUACACAAGGAUCUCUGGAUAUCUCUAGUAUGCCAGAAAAGAAAUCAGAAGUAAUACCGACAGCAGAGAUGCCAACAUAUGUAAACACCCAGCAUAUAAAUGUAGAAGCUCUACUGGCACUUCAGGCAGAUGCUGAAUGUACCUUCAGUGGAACAACAGAGGAGACCAAAGCAAGCAGCCCAGGAAAGGAUCUGUUUGACAUGAGACCAUUUGAAGAUGCCCUCAGGAAUCAAACCUCUGAGGCUGUGCUGAAGAAAUCCACCUCCAUGGGAUGCACCAGUCCUGUUUCAUCCAGGGCAGCUGCCCGGACUGAAGAUGAAGAGCUGAGUGCAGAGCCGUGGUAUCAAGGAGAGAUGAGCAGGAAAGAAGCAGAACAGCUGCUAAAGAAGUGUGGAGAUUUCCUCGUGAGGAAGAGUACCACAAAUCCUGGCUCCUAUGUGCUGACAGGCAUGCACAAUGGACAAGCCAAGCACCUUCUUUUGGUGGACCCAGAAGGAACUGUUCGUACAAAAGAUCGUGUCUUUGACAGCAUAAGUCAUCUCAUCAACUAUCAUCUUGAGAAUAAUUUGCCAAUAGUUUCUUCAGUGAGUGAACUCUGCCUGCAACAGCCUGCUGAAAGGAAACACUGACUCCAGAUCUCUUUUAGUUUUUGUAACUCGCAAGCUAUAACUGGUAGAAAUUGCAGAUCUUAAAAAAACCAAACAUGUACAUUAAAAAAAAUGCAUAGUCACAUAUACUUCACCAGUAUGUUUUCUUUAUGUUUAAGAAGCCCCAUUUCAUAUGGUACACUUGAAAAUUCUCAGUUCUUUGUGUAGACAUGAAAUCACAGCAGAAAGCUUUCUUAAAAGUAAUUUCAAUAAAAUUGUUCAGAUUCUCUAAUGUGACUGUUGAUAAUGUAUAUAUACAUACCAUAUAUAUAAAUACAGUAUAUAUUUAUAUUUUUUGAGUCAGUCUAUUGACAGUAUAGAACUAUCUUCUGUGCCAUGUGUUUUUACCAAAAGAAAAAUGACAAUUGUGAUUGUUCAGAUAAAAAGUAGAAUUCAGCAGUCUCAAUUUCUUGAGAAAUUUAAUAUUAGGAAUCUUAUUUCUGAUUUUACCUAAGAAGCACAACUAUGGGGAUUACAGGUGGAUUAUGCUAAUUAACCAUGGUAGGAGCCUGAAUUCAGCAUCUACUAUUCCAACUCAGAAAUUUAGCAUAAAAUAUUUUUGAAAGCAUUAUCCACUUAUGUCAUUGAUGUCAAAAGGAUUUUAUCUUUCUGAUGUCAAGUUUGAAUUCUUAUAUGGUGAUACUCGAAACAUUUGUAUCUUACUUUAACAAUGAUUUGGUGUGAUCUCUCUGUGUAUGAGGUGUGUGCUUUGAUUUUUCUGAUGAUAUUGUGACAAUAUAUUGUAAUUUAUUAAUUUCAGUGUUAAAAGGUUAUUUAUAAGUAGUUCUCUGCUUAUGGUGAAGAUCUAGGUGUCCUUGACUAACAGUCUUGAAUGAGAUGUUGCAUACUGAGUAGACAAGUUCAAAUAACUUGUGUGUAAUAGGCUUAAUCCAAGAUAUACAUGAUUGUUCAAAGACAUAUCUGAAAAACCUUUUCUUCUUAUGGAUGGUGAAAACUAUCCCAACUCAGUGGUCAGUUUUGCAAAAAUUUUGCCACUUGCACUUACCUACCAAAGCGUAACUUCAUCUUGGCCUUCAGCAAGUGAUAGUUAUUGCAAAUACACUGUUUUUCUCUAAACAUCAAGUUCAAAAAAUACACAUAUACUAAAGACGCAUUUCUGGCAGAAAUGACCUCGACUUUUGGUACUGGGAAAUGCUUUAAGGGAUGAUUGUACUAUUCACAUUUAAACAUUAUAUGAAGUUAUUUUCCCAUUUUAGGAAUCUUAUUACGAGUCAAAUUCAAUAGACACAGUUCCUGUAAAGACAAAACUUGUGCCAGAGUCAAGAUUUAGCCUUCAGCAAUCCGAGGUCUUCUCUAGCACCAGUCUCUCAAAUCAAAUCUUCAGACUUGAUUCAUAAAGACUCGGCAGGGUAGAGUCAAGGUUAAGCAUCUGCCUACCCUGCAGUAGUCAACACUUAAAUCUACUUAAAGUUAGAUUUGGUUCUAAGAAUUUGCUAAGUUUAAAAGUUUGUCAAGACGUAACAAAACCGACUGAAUGAUUUACUUGGAAUACAUUCAGGGAGGACCAUGAUGUUAAAAUUCUGAAAUAAUUUUCUUGUAUCAUCUCCUUUUAAAUGUGGUGAAUUUGCAGCUUGGGAAUUUGAUUUUUAGUUGAUCUCAAAACUGAAAAUGAUUGAGGCACCUAAGACUAAUCAUGUAAUCUGUGGCAUAAAGAUACACUUGAUUCUAUAAUCGAGACAUCCAGAAGCCAAACUAAGACAUUAGCAAACAAAAUGCUAGUGAUUAAUUUUACUAUGGAUAGUUUUUAUUUGAUAUUUCUUGGUCUGGAUGGAAGCUGAGAGCAAAGGAGAGAAAUUAAAUGCUGCAUUGUAACCCAAAUCAGUAUGGCAUUAAAUUUACAGGAACUCUUAAAAUCUGGUUUUACUACAUUGGAUAUCGUAAUAUGUGAACAGAUCUUUUAUCCCAAAGUAUUGUUCACCAAAAUUACUUUAUUUGAGUUUCCGUGUCUCACCAUAUUCCAUUUUGAUGUAUCUCAGUUGCCACUUUUUUUUUCUUAAAUAACACUUAUUAUUCCAUGUUCCAACCUUCCUGUAGCCAGGUUGUGGAAAGUUUUCAGUGUGAGAUCACUAUCUGUAAGAGAAGGUGUCUUUUGUUCUUUUGAAUAUUUCAUAUAAUUUCAGUAAGAGUUUGGUGCAUAACCCCCUUGGGUGUCUUCAAAAUGCCCACCUGCUGCCUAUGUCAUUUCUGGAUUCCUAAGUAUUCUGGAAAAACGUGACAAGAUUUGGGUGUAUGAAUUGAAGGCACUGAACAUACACUGAAAUAAACAUCUAAAUUUUUUUACCAUUGUCCUAGCUGUAGCUUUAAUAACUUAGCACCCACUUAGCUGGAUGCUUUGGAAAUUAAAGCAGGCGGCAACGAGACACAAAAUGAACCAGCUUGACAGAAAUACUAAAUUUCCCAGACUACAUAUCACAGACUCUGCCUCCAGGGAAAUGUGGCUAUUUUAAGCUGCUCUGUCAGCACAGCCAACUUGCACAGCUCAGCAUGUGCACUGGUUAUGCAAAGGCUGCAUAUACCUUGAUGAGACGCAGUUUGGUCCUGGAUAGCAAUAGAGCCAUUGGGCUGUGACAGUGCCCUGCUGAUGCAGUGGGCCAGCAGAUCCUGUCUGGCCAGGAUCCAGAAGGAUCUGGGAAGGAUCCAGAGGCUUUUCUAAGUCAUUUGGGAACCAAAUGAUCUCACAACUGCCCAGGAAGGAAGGGCACGUGUGCCAGUCAAUGCUCUGUUUGCGGAUCCUGCCAUGGCUUUCUGUCUGUCACUCUGGUAGAUUCUGCUUCCCCCUUCAUGAAAGUGAUAUAAAAACUGUAUGGCCAUUUGGAUGGCAGUUCCAAACCUGUUAUUAUUAGAGUCAAAGUCCAUUUUAAACUGAACUCAGCAAGUGGUUAUUGAACCUGCUAGAACAGCUGGGCUCAUUUCUGUGAGGAACCAACACUGACAGCAAUUUAAGAGAUGUGGAAAUUAUGAGAGAGGCUCAAACACUGUGUGAUUGGCUGAAAACCAACCAAACAACAGCAUAAUAAUGUGAGCCUUUUAAAGUUUGCCUUUGAUUUGGAGUCCCUCCACCUUUUGUUGUUAUUCUCUUUUAUGCAGUCUCAAGGGCUAUGCUCUUGUUGGUGGUAAUUCAGUGCCAUGACUUCAAGAAGUGAGAUUUUACUGAAAGAAAAGAUUUUCUAGAUUCAGUAGAAAUCACUGAGAUUAGGCAGUAUUGUAGUAUCCUUUGAGAUUUUCCCAGGGAAUAGCUGAGAAGUCAGAACUGAAACUAAAUAUCCUGCAAGACUGUUUACAUUGCUUUUGAGCCCUUUCUAAUUAUGAGGUUUGCUUCCAGUUGUUUUGCAAUUAUAGAAACUAUUGGCAAUGAAAACACACUCAAUUCCUUUAAAGAAAGAACUUUUAGAAGUGAACCAAAUUAUUCCACAUACUUUUAUUGCAGAUCUAGAGCAAUUAUCAAGAUAAUAAAAUUUUCCAGUGAUGCUGGCAGUGAUAGACUGGACAUCUAGGUACAAUCACAUUCUCAAACUUUCAAUUAUUUCAGAUUCUUCAUAGAAGCAAUGAAACCUCAAAGGUAGAAAAUGUGAUUUGAAAAGUGAAUUACCUUCUGACAAAUGGGAGUUUGCUCAGGGUGAGGACUCCCAGCUUCCCUUCCCUAAUGCAAGAAGAGAAUGUUCAAAUCGCCCAUGCCUGGCUGGUGACCAUAUGAGGAGAUGCAAUUUCCAUGGCUUAAUGCCUGCCUCCCUGCCCAGGGCUUUGCACCCAUGGUGAGGAUAGAAGGUUAUACGGUAGCUUCACUCCACUCCACAUCCUACAAUUCACACUGGUUCUGCCAGAAACCUCUGUGCCAGACAUGUUCAGUAAAAGCUCUAACAAAGGACGUAGUCCUGGGACCAAUUCUUGUGUGCAAAAUGUGCACUGUCACUGUAAGAAAAUGUUUAACAUUCUGGCAAACAUCACCUGCCAGGACUAAAUUUUCUGUAUCCUGAGUUCAUUCUUUUUUUACCUCUGUGGAAUAAUAUGCUCACAUUUCUUGUCAUCAUAGUCCUCAGGCAUCACAUGCAACAAGAUGACAUGAAUUUUUAAAAAAAUUAUGCCAGAGUGUGAUUGCUGCUGGCACAUCAAGUGCCAGAUGCCAGCUACAAUGUAUUAAUAAUAGAGUUGAUGCAUAUUUAGAUUUCUGUAAGUAGCAAAUGUUCCAUUUGAAAACUAGCAGAGUUUUGCAGCUUCUAGGAAAUUUGCAGCUCUAAGGGGGAUAUUUGGAACUUGUGAAUAUUCUGACAAAAGCUUAAAAAUCCUGCUUUCAAGAUUUUGUUCUUAUCUUUCAAUGUCUAUCUGAAGUAAGUGGUAGAAACAAGAACUUAUAUUAAGCAAACCAUAUUUGCAUAAAUAAAGUCUAAACUGAAAUAACAGACAUACUUCCCUUUUUAUCUUCCAGACAGUUUCAAAAUAUAUCUGUGUAAAGUCCAAAUUCAGAUUUACCUCAACGUACUGUCAAAAACAUCUUGAUUUACAUUGUCUUUUUGCCCAAACCGAGGUUUGCACUCUUUUCACAAGUCUGUGCUUGUUCAAAGCUGUCAGGAUAUGGGCAAAUUCCCACUAAAAGCUCUGUGAUCAGCUGUACUUACUCCCUUCACUCAGCCACAGUGUCUGUGGACCUUGAUCAUAUCUGCAUUGGAUGCAGCUGGAACGAGGACAGGCCUGUGGAAAAGACAACAUGGAUACACAGUUUGCCAGCAGUUAACCAGAGCCUUGGAUAGAGAGCGAGGAGCCGUGCUGGGAGAGAAACCUUCAGGGAUAAGAAAUGUGAAGCCUGGAAACAUGAGCCAAUAGGCAUGAAAGUUACUAACGAGAAUAGAGUUGCCAAAUUAUAAACAUGCUAAUUGGUUGAUGGGGUUAAAGCAGAACCUCUGGGGAUGCAAUGCCUACUGCUCAUCUCUUACUGAGACAUUUAUGUUCAUAAGCCCUGAUCUGCACCUCUGCAUACUCCAGUGUAAGCAUCUUGUGUGGCUUCCACUGAGAAAAAGCAGGGCUGCUUGUUUUUGUCUCAGUAAGGGGAAUAAGAUUUCAGAGCUAUACAUUUCUAGCAAAAGCACCAUAUAAAGACUGUUUAAACCUUGUACGGCCACAAAACGGGUUGUGGAAACCAAAGCUAGAAAGAACCUAAAACUGGGUGACUCAUUCUGCUACCCCACUGUGUAAGAGACAGUGCAGAUGACUCAGAAGAGAAAGGUAGCCUCAGAUUUUGAGAUUAAGAUCAUGAAGAUCAAAUAAAGUCCAGGUCAAAUGAAGGAUUUUUUUUCAGCAGUUCUCCUUUUUGUUCUGUGAGGCAAAAAAACCACCAAACACACCCAGGCAUACUUUAAUUCAAAAUAAGUGAAAUUUUCUAAUAAGUGAAGAAUGUAAAGAUUGGUAUAUAUUUGUGUCCUUUGUGUCUGGAUUGGUGUGAUAACUGCUUCUCAGUAAAGUCCUGCAGAGUUAAACCUUGAAAGAAGCCAGGUUUCUUCUUUUGAGGUAAAUGUUUUUCUUUGCAUUGUGUAGGCAGCAACAACAAGAAGUGACUAUUUUGCUGUAAAAGGGACUUUUACUGUACAAUCAUCAUUUAUUAAUAUUUAUUAUUUUUAGAAACAUUUUUAAAUGAGAGUUGCAUAAAAAAUAAUGUAUGUGGAAAUAUUGUGAUAAUUUAUAUUCCCAACCAUUUUUGUGAAUCUCAAGUUUUUGCCUGUCUGCUGAUUGUGGUAUUCUGGCUCUAGAGGCAAAUUUCGUCUCUGAGGAAGUCCUUGAGCAACAUAGUUUGGAAUGUAAGUGUCAUGCAACUGUUUUCUGACUAUUCAGUUUGUAUAUGUUUAACCAAAGUAAUAAAACAGUG